ACAUUUGAAUUCAAACUUGUCCCAAUUUCGCCGCCAAUCCUCUAGCCAAUAGUAGAGGUGAUUGAAAAGAAGCUCUAGAAGCUUCAUUUUUUGCUUUUAGCCCUCCGUCUUUAUGUCUUUGGAUCUGAUCCAUCACUCAGUCUAUAUCUGGCUAAACAUGAAGAACCAACGUAUUAUAAUUUUCGUAUUGUAUUUCUAACAAUAUAUUUCUCAUUUUUAGUAGGUGAUGUUGAUUCUUGAAAUGCAUUAAAAUGUUAGACCAUCUGGCAACUAUAGUGUUAUUUGUUUACACAACACCAGCCUAACCUCAAAAUAUCAUAUGAUAAGAGAUAAGGUGAUCGACCACCACUUGCAAUGUAAAGUAAUUUUAAACCUUUUUAACUAUAAUUUUUAUCAUUAUCUCAUCCUAUUCUUGUAGCAAUGACUCUUCUAUUUACAGAAAAGCCUUUUCUCUUCUUUUAUUGGAUUUUUUAUGUGGUGUUUCACUCUGUAAUGUGUUUCCUCCUAUAAAAGUUCUGUGUUUCUCUUCACUGCCCAGCUACUUACACUGCACCCUUCACUGUUAAAUAUUUAAAUUUUAGUAAUCAAAAUAUUCACUUUUAAGGCACUUGCUCAUCAAAUAGCUUCUUUGAACACCAAUGAGUGAAAGUGUUUUUUGCGCAGAGUACCUUUUCUUUGUUUUAUAUGUGUACUUGGAUCAUAGAUUUGAUGCCAUAAAACCUCCUCUGAAGUCUAGUGUCAGUUAAUAUUGUGCUUUUCAUGCGCACUGCAAUGGGUCUCAAAUUUUACAUUCUCAUUUUCUAUGUUUGAUUCCAAGCCAUUAGGUAGCUUUUAAGGUUUAUAAUUUUUUUUUAAAGUGCCUUCCAUGUGGGUUUUCUUUUCUCACAAUGCAUAUCCGAAAGCAACUAAUUCCAAGAAAUCUUAGCGAUUUAUUCUCUAUCAUCUUUCUCCUCAUCAUGAUUCCACUGGUUUAUUACUUCGAAAUCUUUGUUGUUUUGCCCCAGUUGCAUGACUGUUGUUUUUCUGUAUGGUACAUUCUCCAUUUUGUGUUCGGAACGUUUACCCUGCUAAAUGUAGUCAGUAAUUAUGUAGCAACAAUAGUAAUUGAUACCAGUGUCAAAAAUAACAUUGUGUCAUCUUCUCAUCCUGAUGAUGAGCUUUGUUCUGUUUGUAGAAUUCCAGUUCCGCCAAGAUCAUGGCAUUGUAGGCGGUGUGAUGAUUGCAUUCUGAAACAAGACCAUCAUUGUAUUUUUGUUGGUACUUGUAUCGGGCAUUUUAAUCACCGGUACUUUAUUUGGCUUUUAUUUUUUAUGUUCAUCAUGACAGUACACGGUUCAUACUUGAAUGUUUUCUAUGUCAAGGAAAAUUUUCACUGUAGUCCAUUUCUUUUUAUGAAAGUUUUAUUUCCUGUUUUAUUUCUUAUAUUUGGUUUUGAUGAGCGAGUGAAUCAUAGUGCUCUGAUCUUGAUUGUUACAAAUUUUGUUGGAAUGAUAGUCACUGGGCUUCUCCUUUGGUACCACUGCAAGUUAAUUCUUCAGGGAACCACAUGCCAUGAAAAUAGAAGAAAAGAUUUCUCUUACCAUGCCAGUCCUAAAGAAAAUAUUAAAAGGGUUUUAGGUGAACGUUGGCAUUUGACAUGGAUCUCCGCCUUCAUUUCAUCAAAAUUACCAGAAAGAGGAGAUUUAUGGAAACUAAAUGCUAUCCAAGACACUCAAAAACUGUUGUGAUACAAGUAUCUUUGAAUUUUUAAUCAGCUCUGCUCACUUUCAUAUUCAAAGUUGUGAAAUUGCUCGUUUUUAAUAUGGACCUUUUCCAACCACCAAUUUCCCUCAAGCGGAAGGUAAUCUUUGUUUUUUGUUAUAUUACUUCCAGAAAAUUUGAUGCACCAAUGACAGCAGUUGUGAUAAUUUUAUUGUAAAAUAAUUUGUUUCUCUUCUCACAUGAUUAAGAAAUUCAGCAAUGCAAUUUUGUUAUUUAAAUUAAAUCAUUGUUUUUAAUUUAUUUUGAUGCCUAUAAAAGUUAUAUAUUUACCAAAAUGCAUUCCAAAUAAAAACAUUCUCAAUUUGAUCCUA